AUGAAAAUAUUUGCAAGGUUCCUCUCAUUUCCAAAAGCCAAUAAAAUUAUCCUCGACGUUGAUUCCUCGGACACUAUAAAAAGCGUCAAGAAGAAAAUCCAAAAAGAGAGAGAGAUUCCAAAAUAUCUCCAGAGAUUACUAUUCUCUAGAGUGAUUCUAGAAAAUAAAAAAACGAUAUCUAGCUAUAAAAUCAAGGAAAACUCAAUUCUAGAUUUGGUUUUACGAUUUCCAGAAGAAAUAAAAAUCUACGUCCAGCUAGCAAAUGGAGAAGUACUCACGCACGAAAUUCAAACUUCCACGACGGUAGGAGAUCUAAAGUCUAGAAUUAUUCAGGAGAAAAAAUAUUUGAUGGAAGUUCAAGAAAGUCUUAAUUUAUUCUUCGAAGGGAAGAAAUUACUGACUGCGAGAAGUGUUUCAUUUUACCAAGUCGAUGACGGAUCGACAUUGUUCUUGGAUUCUUCUCUUUGUGAAGCUCAGCAGAUUUUUAUUGGAUUAAAUUCCAGAAUGAUUUCCCUGGAUUAUUAUGAAGGGGAUACAAUUGGAGAUAUCAAGUCCAAAAUCGAAGAGGCAGAAGGCAUUCCAACAUUCCUUCAAUCUUUAAAAGUUCAAAAAGAUUCAUUGGAUGACUGGGAAAUUUUGGAAGAUUGUGGGGUUACAAGUAAUUCUACUUUGAUUUUGGAACUGCAUUUUUCAAAAAUUAAAAUUAUAAUCCGCCUUGAGUCCGGCAUGGAAAUUCCUUUGGAAGUUGAAGCUCCCGACAAAAUUGGAAAAGUCAAAACCAUGCUUUGUAAGUUACAAGUUUGUAAGUUACAAGGACUUCAGCCUGAGGAAAAUUACCUUUUCUGGUGCGGAGAACGACUUAAUGAUGAAAACACUCUUUAUGAUUGUCAAAUCCAGGAAGGAUUAAUACUUGAUCUUAUUUGCGUUAGAGAAAAAUCAUCAUUUUCUUCACAUUGA